UUCUAUUUAAAGUCUUUGAUAAGGCAUGUAAAUCAAAUAAGUUGUCUCUAGCUACUGAAGGCAUUAUAACACAACAAGUAAUCAGAGAGUUGACUACUGGAGGCGAAAAUGAAUAUUUUCACAGCUAUUGCUCUGUUUGCCUUCCUGAGUUGUUGUCUGGAGGUCUGUGGCUACCCUUACAGGUCUGGUGAAGAACAAUUGGAAUAUGCUGCCUCUGCAAAACACCACGAUGUCGAAUGCUAUCAUUUCGAUGCUUGCCGAGACGAGCUCAAAGUUUUUAUUACUGGAAUGUCGGCAUCUGAAUGUUGCGGUGAAAGUGGAGGAAUCUCAUACAUAGUGAAGAAAAGAUGUCACAAGUGCCCUGAGCUGUACUAAACAUUCUCCCCUUGGGUUCAUGCCUGUAGCUUUUAUUAUGAUGCCUGAAUGAAUGUUGUAUAUAGCUACUGAGUUUAUAUUUGGCUGUC